GGCCCGCUGGGGCAGCGCGCGGGGUGGUGCCGGCUGGCUGGCUGCACGGAGGCGGGGUGUGUGGCUGACUCCUGGAGACGAACCGGAAGCGUGGGAGACACCCCGCCGGCAGACGCGGUCACGCCGGUUCCAGCCUCCCCGCAAGCGCCCAGAUUUUGUUGUGGUAUAUUUUGUCAUUAUGAGAUGUCGUCUCUCAGUGCUUCAUUUGUGCAAAUUAAAUUUGAUGACUUGCAGUUCUUUGAAAGCUGUGGUGGAGGGAGUUUUGGGAGUGUUUAUCGAGCCCGAUGGAUAUCACAGGACAAAGAGGUGGCUGUAAAGAAGCUGCUCAAAAUAGAGAAGGAGGCAGAAAUACUCAGUGUGCUCAGUCACAAAAACAUCAUUCAGUUCUAUGGAGCCAUUAUUGAACCUCCUAACUAUGGCAUAGUUACAGAAUAUGCUUCUGUUGGCUCAUUGUAUGAUUACAUUAAUAGCAACAGAAGUGAAGACAUGGAUAUGGAUCAUAUCAUGACCUGGGCAACUGACAUAGCGAAAGGAAUGCACUAUUUGCAUAUGGAGGCUCCAGUGAAAGUAAUUCACAGAGAUCUAAAGUCUAGAAAUGUUGUUAUAGCUGCUGAUGGAGUAUUAAAGAUCUGUGAUUUUGGUGCCUCAAGGUUUCACCACCAUACGACACACAUGUCCUUGGUGGGUACCUUCCCUUGGAUGGCUCCAGAAGUUAUCCAGAGUCUCCCAGUGUCUGAAACAUGUGACACAUAUUCAUACGGUGUGGUUCUCUGGGAGAUGCUAACAAGGGAGGUCCCCUUUAAAGGCUUGGAAGGAUUACAAGUAGCUUGGCUUGUAGUGGAAAAAAACGAGAGAUUAACCAUUCCAAGCAGUUGUCCCAGAAGUUUUGCAGAACUGAUGCAUCAGUGUUGGGAAGCUGAUUCAAAGAAAAGACCAUCUUUCAAGCAGAUCAUUUCAAUUCUGGAAUCCAUGUCCAAUGACAGCAACCUUCCAGACCAGUGUAACUCAUUCCUGCAUAACAAGGCAGAGUGGAGAUGUGAAAUUGAGGCAACCUUAGAGAGGCUGAAGAAACUGGAGCGUGAUCUGAGCUUUAAAGAGCAGGAGCUAAAGGAACGGGAGAGACGUUUGAAAGUAUGGGAGCAGAAGUUAACAGAACAGUCCAAUACUCCUUUGCUGCCUUCCUUUGAUAUUUGCGCGUGGACUGAAGAAGAUGUGUACUUUUGGCUGCACCAGCUUGUUGGAAAAGGUGAUGCUUCCGGUGAGAUGAAUGUUUAUGCCAACUUGUUUAAGGAAAAUCAUAUCACUGGGAAACGGUUGCUUCUUAUAGAAGAAGAAGAUUUAAAGGACAUGGGAAUUCUUUCCAAAGGACAUAUCAUUCAUUUAAAGACUGCUAUUGAGAGGUUAACUCAUGAUUACCUAAACAUGUUUCAUUUCCCACCAUUAAUUAAGGAUUCUGUAAGUGGAAAUGAAGAAAACAUGGAGAAAGUAGUGAACCUGGAACUUGUUUUUGGUUAUCACUUGAAACUUGGAAAUGGUCCACAGGACUGUAAAUGGAAAAUGUUUAUGGAGAUGGAUGGGGAUGAAAUUGCAAUAACCUACAUAAAAGAUGUGACAUUCAACACUAACCUACCUGAUGUAGAGAUUUUAAAAAUGACAAAGCCACCAUUUGUAAUGGAGAAAUGGAUUGUGGGAAUAGCAAAAGAUCAGAAUGUAGAAUGUAUUAUUACAUAUGAGGGUGAUGUCAGAGCUCCAAAAACCACCAGACACAUACAUGCAGUUCAGUGGAGUAAACUGAAAGCUCAGGAUGAGGUGAAGUCAGUGCAGCUCAUGAUCCAGACCUCCCUCCCAAACUCGGAGGGCAGGCCAGGAAGCAGGUCCAGCUCAAAUAUAGAUGUUGAAUGGAUGUACACUCUAAGACUGCGUCAGAUGGAAAAAAGCACUUCACACCAUCAUUCCCAUUCCCACAGUCCUAAUAGUGUGACACAAUUUUUACCAUACCUUCACAACCAAGACUCCUAUGCUGCUGCUGUAAGACGGACACGAAUUCCUAUUAGCUAUCAGCUUACACCAAUAAAUCAUUCCAGAAGUUCAUCUCCAACCCCAUAUGGACUGAUGAGAACUCUAUCGUCGCUACAUCUUAAUUCAAAGGGAAGUAGUACCUCUAGUGCAGCUUCUGAUAGCCCUUCAGAAAGGGACAGAUCUGCAAGCAAAAGCAGGAACAGUUAUGUCCGUGACUCUGGACUCUCCAUAAAUGGAAGAUAUAGUGGAAAAAGCCCACAAACUGCUUCUGCAGCACCUAGUCAUUGUGGAAAAAUGUACAGGACUUCCCAGUCAACACUCAACCCAUCAAAGUCAUAUGACCACAAAAAGCGCACACACAAUCCCCAUCAACCCAAGUCCAUACCAGGUAUGCCUUUGAAAACAGAAAGCAAACCUAAAGAAAAUGAUGAAGAGACCAAAGUUAAUGAAGGUGGAUGGAUAAAGGUAGAGUAUUCAAAGAAAUCUCAUAGACAGAGUACAGGCAAGUCACCUAAAGAGAGACCAAAGGGAACUUGGCGAAACCGGAGAAUGUUCUGAAGAGGGGACUAGCUGACGUUUUCUAGAGCGGUUUUUUCCCUUUAAUUUAACAGAAUUUUUGGUUUAUACAAAGAAAUCAGACCUACUGUUUAAAAUUUUUCCACCCUUAGUAUAUGCCUUCUAGAAGACACUACCUCUUACUGAGAUGACAGCCAAACUCACUCAGUCAAUGGCCACUGUUGGAAGACAGGAUACUUGGCUAGAUGGACCAUUGGUCACCCAGUAUUGGUCACCCAGUAUGCUCUCAUGUUCAAACAGAGAGCAGAAACGGGGUUCCACUACUAGUCACAGCUCCCACAAAGAACAUCUGUCAGGGACAGCUCCUGGUCAUGAUGUUUUCAUUCCAAAUAUUGGUGAAUUGCAACUUCUUUUCUCUCCUCCCUUUCUUGGCUUGUGUCCCUGGUUGGCUGGGAGUCCAUUACAUUAGCUUAAUCAUUCAAUACAAACUAAAUACGGUAACUGUGUAUCAUGACAAAAAGUUCUUCUGUUCAUUCUUAUCAAGUGUUGCUGUUAUGGCACCCAGCAACCUCACGCUCUGGAUGCCGGUAGUGUGCCCUGAUGUUCAGGAAGAGAUCAUUAUCUUAGCCCUGGUCUACACUAGGACUUUAGGUCAAAUUUAGCAGCGUUAAAUCGAUGUAAACCUGCACCUGUCCACAUGAUGAAGCCCUUUAUUUCGACUUAAAGGGCUCUUAAAAUCGAUUUCCUUACUCCACCCCUGACAAGUGGAUAAGCGCUUAAAUCGGCCUUGCCGGGUCGAAUUUGGGGUACUGUGGACACAAUUUGAUGGUAUUGGCCUCCGGGAGCUAUCCCAGAGUGCUCCAUUGUGACUGCUCUGGACAGCACUCUCAGCUCAGAUGCACGAUUGUUUGCCGUUGCUCUGAUGCAGGGAGGGGCAACGGACGACACGGCUUACAGGGUUGGCUUACAGGGAGUUAAAAUCAACAAAGGGGGUGGCUUUACAUCAAGGAGUAUUUCAGGCAGGACUUCACGGAGGGUUCCAAUAAGAAAUGGUGCACCUAAGUUAUUGUUCUUAUUGGAACAAGGAGGUUAGUCUGGCCUCUGAUUGAUACAUGGCUAGAUUUACCUCGCUGCACCUUCUCUGUGACUGACUGCAGUGUGACCUAGAGGAAUGAGUCCCCUAGACGGGGGGCGGGGGGCAGUUUGCAAAUGAGUACAAAACAAAUCUGGUCUAUUUCUUGUUUUGAUACACUCCAUCUAUCUUUUACAUCUUUGGCUGGCAGCAGACGGUGCAGAAGGACUGCAAGCCAUCCACAUCUCAUGGCUUGGCAGAAGAUGGUACAAUAGGACUGCUAGCCAUCCUCAUCUCUUGCCUGCCCGGCAGAAGAUGAUGCAGUAGGACUGCUAGCAAUCCAUAUCACCUGCCUGCUCACCAUAAGAUGGUUCAAUAGGACUGACUGCAGGACUAAAGAGAAUGACUUGAUCAAGUCACUCCAAAUUUAGUCCCUGCACCCAUGUCUGCCCAGGCGCUCCUGAUCGACCUCACACAAGCGACCAGGAGCACCUCAGACAUGACGAUGACGGCUACCAGUCCUAUUGCACCGUCUGCUGCCACAAGGCAAUCGGUUGCUGCUGCUGUGUAGCAAUGCAGUACCGCAUCUGCCAGCACCCAGCAGACAUACGGUGACAGUGAGCUGAGCGGGCUCCAUGCUUGCAGUGGUAUGGCGUCUGCACAGGUAACUCAGGAAAAAAGGCGCAAAACGACUGUCUGCCCUUGCUUUCACAGAGGGAGGGAGGGAACGGGGGCCUGACAAUAUGUACCCAGAACCACCCACGACAAUGUUUUAGCCCCAUCAGGCAUUGGGAUCUCAACCCAGAAUUCCAAUGGGCAGCGGAGACUGCGGGAACUGUGGGAUAGCUACCCACAGUGCAACACUCCGGAAGUCAACGCUAGCCUCGGUACUGUGGAAGCACCCCACCGAGUUAAUGCACUUAAUGUACUUAGAGCAUUUUCUGUGGGGACACACACACUCGAAUAUAUAAAACCGAUUUCCAAAAAACCAAGUUCUAUAAAUUCGACCUAAUUUCGUAGUGUAGACAUACUCUUAUUUCACAACCCUCAGUACAGAUCUCCCCUCCACACACCCCAAUUCUGCUCAGUCUGCUCCUGUCCUUCCUCCAUCUGCUCCCAGUUUGCCCUCCACGGGUGAGAAAUCCCCACCUCUCCCUUCGUUUAAAGGCACAGCUCCCAUAUAUUAACACACUGUGAGACAUGGAUUUGUCAUGAUCAGAAAGGAAAAAAAGGUGACAGGUUUUUUAUGCUGUUCUUAGGAGAGAAAAAGAGAGAGAAAUUAUCUUGACAAUAGCUACAUCUAAUUCUAUUGAAGCCUGUGAUAAUAUUUAUCCCUGUGCAGCUCGCAUUUUUUAAAUUGCAUUUUAAGUGCUAUCUUGUCUUGCAGUCUUCAAGUAGUAAAGAGAAGGUCAGCAAACUUUGUGAUUAAUGUGGUCUGUAACUCCACAGAGAGGAAAGACGCAGCUGUAGGCCUGCUUCUCUUCAGAAAGUUUCUUGUUGACCUUUUCACUCAAAUUGAAUUUCAUGCAAUUAAAAAAAGUUAAGAUUUCCCAAGAUUAAAAAAAAGAGAGAGACAGAGAGACAGAGAGAACCGAAAAGAAGCCGAAAGCAAUGAUGGCACAAGCUUGAAGCUGAAAAGCUGUAAAUUAGUGAUGACUUUUGUUGAGAGAGGCAGCAAAUUCCAGCCUUGCUGCAACAUGACUGUGAGCAGCUGGGGGUCCUGUAAGACAAUGGGCAGGACUUUCUGGAAUGCAGCUAGAGUCAAUUUUAAUGAAACUGUUUAUAAGGUGUAAGGUUGGAAACUGACACGAGUCCACCCAAUUUAAGCUUAAUCAAUUUUUGCCUUUAUUUAUAAAUUUUUCAGACAGAAUUGCUCCUUAUAAUUCCUCAUCACAUAAAAACAAAUAAAAUGGAACAAGCAGGGGCCCAAGUUACUGAGUUCCUGGGUACCAGGAGCCUCUUGUCCCCUUCAGGAUGGUCAUCUCAGUUUCUGGUCCAGUAUUCGCCGACUUGGGCCCUGUUUGCUUGGUGUCUUAUAUCUUCUGACAUUACAUAUUCAUUAGCUUUCUUCCAAUCAAUGAUGAACAUUGUGUCUUACAUAACCUGUACAAUACUCAUGUGCAAGCUUCAAACUUUUGCUGUCUACGCUGUUUUCAUGUCAUUAUGCCUCAUGUCCCCCUACUCCUGUUUCUCCCAACAUAGAGACUUUUUAGCGUUAUGUUUUGUGUAUUUUAUUGUAUUGGUUAACUUCCUUUUAUCUAUGUCCUCCAACACUAUACAUCCCAUGAACAAAACAUCACCUUUAUCCUUUCAGCUGUGAACAUUACUUAAGCCCACCUACAAAAGAGAGAAAUUGGCACAUCAACACUCAUGUCAGAGCAAAGGCUAGGCCAAAGCCUUGGCAUCAGUACUAUCCUGGCCGAUCCAGACUCAUUCACUAUACAUAAUCAUAAACCUUUAACAUCAGACUAACAAAAUGUAACCCUUAUAUUUACUAUUCAGUAAUUCUUCAGCUUUGAAAAUCGUAAUUCAAUACUGUACAUACAUAUCCUAAAUUGUUCAUUAACCUUUAUUUUUUGAGUAGGGGAGUGAUGGAGAACAAUGUGACCUUAAUGUUAGCAUUUUCUUAUUGUUUCCAAACAUGGAUGAUCAGGGGACUUUUUGCUCAAAGUCUAGCAUCACACUUGUAUAUUAUUAAAAAGCAUUGUCAGUAUUUUGCCUGUUGCAUUUUGAAGUACUUUAGACAAUUUUAGGGCCUAGGUAUAAUUAAUUGUUCCCCGACAUAUUGACUCUUUGCUGGCCAAAAUAAGAUAAGUGACAACAAUCCUAUUUCUGCAGCGAGUCUCAGAGCCCCAGAUGACUUGGGCUCAUGGGGCUCCUUCCAUGGGCUAAAAAUAACAGCAUAGACAGUCCCACUUGGACAGGCACCUGGGCUCUGAAACAUGACAAGGGGGAUGGUUCUCAGAGCCAGAGCAACAAUGUCUGCGUUGCUAUUUUUAGCCCCAUAGCUGAGUCAGUUAAUCCAGGCUCUGCAACCUGUUGCUACAAGGUUGAGUUUUUUUGUUCUGUCUGUCUGUUUGCAGUGUAGACGUACCUUUAGCUAGAUAAAUGAUUGUGGAUUCCCACGUAUUGUUAGUUUCACUUCAAUAUUCACCAAUGCAAAGUAUCAAAUAUCCUUUCCUUUGAAGCUAUUUUUCGACACUUUAUACCAAAACAAAUGUAUUGUGAAGGCUGUGCAGUCAGUUUCCAUUCUGAUUAUCAGCCUGUCACAGGGCCAAGGUGAAACACAGAGAGAAAAGUUACCUGGAGCUCAAAAAUCAGGAUAGGUUUUAUUGUGCAGGGACUCUGGGUUAAUCCAGAUUUACAACCUGCGGACUGCUCAGUUUUACACUGAGGAUUUAGAAUGCUGCUCACGGACUGAGGAUCAGCAAGCUGCAAAAGGUGCCUUUGUCCCCAUCUCUCCACACUUGGUCUGAGCACAGCUCAGCUGGUCUGAAGAAUCGGGGUAACAAAUUUUAGGUGCUGAUUUAAAAAAAAAAAAAAAAAAAAAAAAAGGUCCUA